AUGGAAACGAAUACUUUUUCUUUGGAAGAAAUUCGUCGUGAACUUGCUCGUUUAGGUUAUGAUAGUUUAUCAAAACAAACACUUAUAAAAUUUCAACAUGACUUAGAAGAACUUGCACGUAAUGAAAAAAAUCAAGAUUCACAUGAAAUAAGAAGAUCUGUUGCUCGACAACAAUCUAAUGUUGAUUUUACAAUUCAUCAACCAAUGCCAUCAGAUGAUGAAUAUAAUCGAAAUGAACAAAAUGAUGAUAAUAGUGAAAGUCUUGAUGAAACGAAUACACCAACUAUGUCAAGUUUUCAUUAUCGACCAAAAAAUAAUGAAGAUGAUAAUCGAAGUGAAACAUCAUCACAAAGAAUAAUUAAACGAAAAGUUCUUCGACAUUAUAAUGGUAAAGCAACUGUAUGUGAUGAAUCAAGAUCAGAAACAGGUUCUGUACUUGAUUCACGUGAUGUAAGCUAUUUAAAUGAUCUUCAUAAUCAACAUAAACGAGGACGUCGACGAAUCGAAUCUGCAUCAGAUAUUGAUAAUCAAUCAACCUAUAGUGAUGAUACUCGAUCAACAUUAUCAAUUCAACCAGUAAAAUCAUUUAUUCGUCCAUCAACAGCAACAACUGCAUCUCUUCGUCGUUCUCGUAGUUUUUCAAAUAAUCAUAUAGAUUCAGUUCAGCUUUAUUCAUAUUAUCGACAACAAUGGGCAUCACAACGAGCACCUGGAGAAAAAUCACAUCAAAGUUUACGAUGGGCUAUACGAGAUCAACUUUUACAAAAAGAUGUGCCUGUUAAAAGAAAAUCUACUCCACGCGUAAAUAAUUAUAUCGUACCAACAACUAAAAAACGUUCAGCACUUCGUUGGAAUAUUCGUUAUUCACUUGCAAAUGGUUUACAACCAUCAAGAGAUUUAGAUGAUUUUCUUUAUUAA